AUGAUUGCGGUGCCUCGUCUGCUAGUCACUUUCACGGAUUUCCGACGGCUUACAUGUCCACAAUGUCAUCGUGGGUUCGAGAAUAAUCUGGGAUGUGCUGUGGUCAUCAAGCCUACUCGAGGGGACUUCCAUAGCUAUCGAAUGGGCGAUGAUCUACAUAUUGGCAUAUCUAACUCAAUGUCCGUGGUACAUUCCUACUGGAUGAAUGGCAUAUCGUCAGAAUGCACUGGCUGGGAUAAGUCUAUAGCAGUUUGUCGCUUCGGUGAUGAUGAGGACAGAUUUGAUGUUAUGCUUUCUUCUUUUCUUAGAGAAAAUGCGGACAGCUUUGAUGGAAAGUUCUAUGAUGAUAGAAGAUGGAAUUGCUUCGAUUUCGUUUUGGAGUUCCUACGCUUCAUCAACUUCAGGAGAUACACGAAGAUCGAUUUCGCUGCAGAAUUUGUUCAGGACUCCUUAAAAAGUGCAGUUAAGUAUAAUAUGUUAGUCCAGCGGGUAGAGGAACACCUGCUGAACGCAAAGAGCCUCCUGGAUGUGAAGCUCACAGUGAUGGUGAGAGAAUUCAUGCUGUGGCUCGCCGUCAUCCAAAUGCCGAAUAAUGAGGUGAUAAGUGACAUGCUGCAGAAAAUGCGAGAUAUUGGAGGGCGUCUGAGUGAAGCGUUGAAGCAGCUACAGGCAGAGUUUUCCACUAAAACGAUUCCCCUACCCGAAUUUGAUCCUGCUGAUAUGCAUCUACUGCUUGGAGAAGAGGAGGUUCCAAAAAUACUAACUCCGUUUGAAGAAGUAGAAGAAUCAGAACGGGCAGCUCACCAGCAGUUGGAAUCUCUCCUGUUCGAGGCAGAAGUGAUGCUACGCGAAUAUGAGCAUUUGAAGCAAGGACUACGUGCCUAA